UCGCUCGACCCGUGUACGCGCUCCUUCGUUUUUUACACCUACAGCGACCGGUUCCGAAAUUACUAAUUCCAGAGGUUUUUACUGAAAAUCUCGGCGAAUCGAAACCACUCUUCGAUCAACGCUUACCGCGGUUCCGGGUCGCCUGGAUCUUCAACGAAUUCGCGUCCGAUUCGUCGAGUGGACAGUUUUUUUGAACGAACGAACGGAAAUCGCGAAUGUCCGAGAAACAGUACCAAGUAUGCGACCUAACGCUACCGUUCGAUUAUCCUGGAACCCGCAACGUUCGCGAACAUUAAAGUCCUUGUAAAUUCAAUCGGUGAAGUAAGUAUCGAAGAAUGGCGCUGAUCGUUAUAGUGAAGAACUUUCAAGGAUUGAAGUGCAAGGGAGACAAGGUUGUGAAGGUUGACUUCCGGGGCGUUCCUCACUACUCGAAAUGUUUAGAAGAAAGCGGAGACCACAUUGCAGUGGACGAGAAUUUCGUUUGGAAUUUGGGUAGACCGAUCGAUGAAGCAGAAGUAUUGCAACUGUCAGUUGUCUCCCGAGGGGUUCUCAGGAACGAGAAGGUGCUCGCGAAGUAUGGCUUGGUUCUACAAACGGUAGCGAGAGAGGGUCGUAUAGUUAUCACGGAUUCCUUGGUAGAUCUGAAUAACAAACCUCUUCAGGCUAUCAUCUGCUUCGAAAUUCGGUACAACCCUCCCGACGGUAGUUGCAAUCCCUCGGAAAUAAUGGAGGCAUCAGAAAUAAUGGAGGACGAGCAACAGAUGUUGAUCGACAUCGAACAAAAUAUCGCGAAUCUCGAGAGGAGUCUCGAACAGGCUAACGCCGGCUCUGGCAGCGGCAAAAGGAAGGGUUCUUGGCACAGUCCUGAGAAAACUUCCAGAAGGGGUUUUCUACAAAGGGGUAGUUCGUUGUCGGCUACGGAGAAGUCAACCGAUCGUAAGAGUAGAAAUUCUACGCUGAAGAGUAUGAGAUCUUUCAUGAAGUUGGGUAAGCAGAGACCACCGAGAGCUCGAUCUUGCGACAGUGGCUCGGACACCAGAGAAUUGCUCGAUAGAAUGGACUCGAGUUGCGCAACAUCCAACGAACCUUCCAGGGCAAACUCGAUGACAUCUUUGGAGACGAACGUGUCCGAUUAUGAUAGCCAAGUUAGCACGCCCGCGGUGGAACCUCAGGACGCGAUCGCGAGACCAACGAAGAAACCAAAACCGAAGACUACCGACACGGGCCAGACCGCGCUAAAGGCCCAAGAUUAUCAAGUUUGCAUCACGAUCAUCGAAGCGAGGCAAUUGGCAGGUUUGAACAUGGACCCGGUGGUUUGCGUGCAAAUAGGUGAUCAACGAAAAUACACUAGCGUCAAGGAAUCUACGAACUGUCCAUAUUACAACGAGUACUUUGUCUUCGAUUUUCAUAUGCCGCCAGUAAUGCUGUUCGACAAAAUCAUUACGCUCUCGGUGCAGCAAUCGCGGAAUCUCUUACGCGCUAAUCUAACGCUGGGCAUCUUUAAGUUAGACAUCGCGACUGUAUGGGCACAACCAGAUCAUCAAUUUUACCACAAAUGGGCGCUGCUGACGGAUCCGGACGACGUGGCCGGCGGUCCAAAGGGUUAUUUAAAGUGCGACAUAAGCGUGAUCGGAAAAGGGGACACCGUGAAAAUUCCGCCAAAGAGCGAAAAAGACGAGGACGAUAUCGAGGGAAAUCUGUUGCUUCCGGACGGUGUGCCUAUCGAGAGACAAAGGGCAAAGUUUAUCGUAAAGGUGUACAGAGCCGACGGGCUGCCGAAGAUGAACAGCAGCAUCAUGGCGAACGUGAAGAAAGCUUUUACGGGCGAAGUGAAGGAUCUCGUCGAUCCUUACGUUCAAGUGUCCUUUGCUGGACUAACGGGUAAAACGAGCGUUAAGAGGCACAGUUACGCUCCCGUUUGGAACGAGCAGAUCGUUUUCUCGGAAAUGUUUCCACCCCUUUGUCAAAGGAUUAAAAUCCAGCUGUGUGACAACGACCCGGUCCAUGCUACGGUGAUUGGCACCCAUUUCGUGGAUUUGAAGCAAAUCAGCAACGACGGGGAGAAGGGAUUUCUUCCUACGUUUGGUCCGGCUUUUAUUCACUUUUAUGGAAGCAUCAGGGAUUACAGUCUCAUCGACGAGCACUCGACGUUGAACGUUGGUUUGGGAGAGGGAAUCUCGUACAGAGCAAGAUUACUGGUAGCGAUCAGAACAGAAAUUAGCGACAACGUGGAAAUUGCUCCGUCGGAGGUUGAAGUCGAGCCUGCGGUGCCCAUCAAUGAAUUAGCUUACGCCAGAAACGAGGAAUUUUUUCUGUUCGCUACGAUUAUGGACGCGACGAUGAUCGACAAGAAACUUGGCGACAAACCGUUGUACUUCGAAUUAUCCAUAGGAAACGCAGGCAACGCUUUGGAUGGCCACAACGAAAGCUCCAAAAUGUGCGAAUUGGGACCAAAGAGCGGAACGAGCGUAGAUCAAGAAGAAUUACAAGAAGUACUGAGCGGAUUCUGGCAGAGUACCACUCCGGCUUGCAAACCGAUGACACACGAUAAAAUUUACUACUUCUUACCGUACUGGGACGACAAACCUUGCCUUCACGUUAGAAGCAUUUGGCCCGACUACAGACGCAGAAUGUACAACAGCAAUAUCAUCGGUAAAAUUGCCGAUAAACUGGAAGAAGGACUGUCGGAGACGCAGUUACACGCGGAUGAUUGCUCGGCUGAAAAAAUAUUAAAGUCCACCCUGGAGGAAUUGAGCAGCAAUUGCAAUCGAUACGUUAGUAUCAGCAAAUCGAGUCUCACUGGACCCGGAGUUGGAAAAACAAAACUCGAUAAAGAAAGGACGAAGCUGUGUCAAAGGGAACUGGAGAAUAUCGGUAUCUUGUCAAGAAAUCUGAAAGCGGUGGUCACUAAAAGCAGCUUCAAGGAGAGGUUGAAGACUGCCCAGAGUUACUUGCAGAAAUUAAAGUUUCUCCUCGAGGACCCUCAAGAUUCUUUGCCCGAUAUCUUUGUUUGGGUGAUCAGUUCUGGAAGACGAGUGGCUUAUCAAAGAAUUCCUGGCAGAGACUUGAUCUACUCGAUUGUCGACGAGGAGUGCGGCAGAUAUUGCGGGAAAGUGCAAACGAUGUUUCUUAAACUUCCAGGCAAAAAGAGAUUCGGGCCUUCCGGCUGGGCGAUACAAACGAAAUUACAAAUUUACAUGUGGAUGGGUAUUCUGAAGCAUAAAAAGUAUUUUAUCCAAGGUUUACCAAAAGGAUACGAAGUCAGUCACGAGUUGAAGAACGUCGACAGACCUCGUGCUUUACCGCCUACCGUUAUUCAUUACGUCGAGAAACAUAAGUUCCAGUUAAGAGCGCACAUGUAUCAAGCCCGAUCUUUGAUCGGCAGCGACGCGUCCGGUCUUUCUGACCCGUUCGCCAGAGUGAUAUGCGGCGAGUUUUGCAAAUCUACUCAAGUGAUCGACGAAACUCUGAGCCCCACGUGGGACGAGCUCCUUCUUUUCGACGACAUCUUGAUCUACGGCACCGCCGAAGAGAUCAAAAAGGAUCCACCGUCUAUCGUCAUCGAAAUCUUCGAUCAGGAUAAAGUGAGUCAUUUUGUUACUAUGGACAUAACACUGCAUGAGGACUCUGCUUUAACAGGAAAAUCAGAGUACAUAGGACGAGCAGUCGCGCGUCCUCACGUGAAACUCGCCUCGGAAUGUUACACGCCACCGGAAUUUCCGCCAUCGUUGGAAUGGUACGACGUGACCAGAGGUGCCGCGAGAGCUGGUGAGCUUCUCGCCGUUUUCGAAUUGCUCGAAUAUCCUUCGGCGAAAGAGUACGGAUUCCCGACGCUACCAGAUCCGAAAGAAAAAUUGGUACAAACGCCUACCUCCGUUCAAGACCAGGGACCUAUUCUUCCGGUACCGGUUGGUAUUCGACCGACCCUGUCAAAAUAUCGAAUCGAAGUCUUAUUUUGGGGUUUGAGAGACCUGAAGAGAAUACACUUGAUGACCGUGGACAAGCCUCGCGUGGAUGUCGAAUGCGCCGGUCACAUCCUCUAUUCGUCGGUUAUAUCGAAUGCGAAGAAAAAUCCAAAUUUCAAUACACCUAUCAAAUUUUUGGAAUUAGAGUUACCUGAACAAGAACUGUAUCGACCACCCUUAACGAUAAGAGCGGUCGACUGCAGAAGCUUUGGUCGAUACACUUUGGUCGGUACUCAUACGAUAAAUUCCAUUCAUAAAUACAUGUACUGUCCGCAAACGAAGAAAGCCAAGGACGCGGAAGAUCGAAAAAAGAAUCUGUAUCAGUUACAACAAUAUUCAGCAGGUUUCGACUCAUCGAAAAUGAAAUAUCAGCAAACAUCUGUGCCAGAAUCUUUAACCGAUAUCGAAUUUAAUGCCGGAGACACGAUCAUUACUCUAGGUACAGAACUGGCUUGGCCAACGAAGAAGGACAAAACAGAGCAGAACAUACGAAAGAAGCAAAGCUUGGUUAACGAUGCGAGUACAGGUGAUUUCGCUAGCUUCGAAGACGAGGACGGUUGUCAAGAUUGGUGGACAAAAUACUUCGCUUCCGUCGAAGCGAUGAUAGAAGAGAACAAAGAACUCCGUAGAGAGAAACCGAUGUUUCAAACACAGUCAAAUGGAAACGUUCCGAUGUAUUUGGAAGAGAAUUAUUCCCAUAAUCAAACGAACGCGUCGGGAGAGAAAAGCCCCGGUGUUACCGCGAAGAAACUAUUUGGCCUAAAGUCUACCGCGAACGCGGCAAGGUUCGUUUCGAAGAUCAGUCCCAAGUAUCAGAAAUUCCCCAAAACGGCGCUAUUGAAAAUUUAUCCGAACGAAUUGGAGGCUCAGCCACAAUUCGAACAGUUCAAGGAAUGGUUGCACACGUUCGAGCUGUAUCGAGGGAAGAAGACCGGGGAUGAACCAGAAGACGAGUCCAGAAUAGUAGGAAGCUUUAAGGGCGCAUUGAAAGUGUACAAAUGGCCUCUUCCUAGAGAUCUGAUAGACCACACGGUGAUGGGAUUCGAUCCGCAAUACGGUUUCUUUCAAGGUGUCCCUUCGAACGAACCGAUCCAUGUGCUGGUGCGAGUAUACAUUGUCAAGGCAAACGAUCUUCAUCCUUGCGAUUUGAACGGAAAGGCCGAUCCGUACGUUGUUCUGCAAUUGGGCGGCAAGAGAAUCAGUGACAAGGAACAUUAUGUUUCGAAACAGCUUAAUCCAGUAUUUGGCAAAUGUUUCGAGAUAGAAGCAACCUUCCCGCAGGACUCGUUGUUAACCGUGCAGGUAUUGGACUGGGAUUUGGUCGGUGCAGAUGACAUGAUCGGUGAAACGAAAAUCGAUUUGGAAAAUCGGUUCUACAGUAGACACCGUGCUACCUGUGGUUUAGCCAAGAAAUACGACGAAUCUGGUUAUAACAAGUGGAGAGAUGCGAUGAAACCGACGCAAAUUUUAUCGAAACUCUGUAAAGAGGGAAAGGUUGACGGUCCUAUGUAUUCGCAUGGAAAAGUGACGAUAGGAAGGAAGACGUUCUCGUUGUCGAACGAAGAAAUGGAAUACUAUGUUCAUACAAAAGGCAUAGAAGAACAGCUUGCAUUAGCGGUUCUCCAUCAAUGGCAUAAUUUCCCAAGAAUCGGUUGCGCCUUGGUACCGGAACACGUAGAAACGCGCCCCCUUUACAAUCCAGAGAAACCAGGUAUCGAGCAAGGAAAGUUGGAAAUGUGGGUCGACAUGUUUCCCAUGGAUAUGCCUUCGCCAGGACCAUCGAUCGAUAUUUCACCGAGGAAACCCAAAAGUUACGAACUUAGGAUCAUUAUUUGGAACACCGACGACGUUGUAUUAGAAGACGAUGCAUUUUUCACUGGCGAGAAGAUGAGCGACAUUUACGUGAAAGGAUGGUUAAAAGGUCCGGAGGAUUGUCAGUCGACGGAUAUUCACUACAGAUCUUUAACCGGAGAAGGAAAUUUUAAUUGGCGCUUUAUAUUUCCGUUUGAUUAUUUGGUGGCGGAGGAGAAAAUUGUUAUCAAUCGAAAGGAAAGUCUCUUCAGCUGGGACGAGACCGAAUGCAAGAUUCCAGCUCGUUUGGAAUUACAAGUUUGGGAUGCAGAUCAUUUCUCGGCCGAUGAUUUUCUGGGUGCCAUUACGCUCGAUUUAAAUCGAUUUCCUCGUGGUGCGAAAAAUAGCAAACUCUGUACGUUAAGCAUGUUGAAAACAGACGGUUCUGUGCCGACGGUAAAUAUUUUCAAGCAAAAGCGCAUAAAAGGCUGGUGGCCAUUUUACGUGAAGAAGGAAAACGAAGACAUGGAAUUAACGGGUAAAGUAGAAGCUGAAAUUCAUUUAUUAACGAAAGAAGAAGCUGAAAAAAAUCCUGCUGGCUAUGGUAGGAACGAACCAGAUCCGCUCGACAAACCAAAACGACCCGAUGCGUCAUUUAUGUGGUUCUUGAAUCCUUUGAAAUCCAUCAAAUACAUAGUAUGGCACAAUUACAAAUGGGCAAUUUUGAAAGCGUUCGUAACAAUCGGAUUAUUAGUACUCGUAUUAUUAUUCUUCUAUGCAAUACCGGGUUACUCUGUUAAAAAAUUGUUGGGAGCUUAAUACGACUCGCAAGCUUCAGUCGU